GUUUUUCUUUUAAAGGGCCAGGAGGCCGCGGGGGGCGCAGCGUUGUUCUUCCGCGCCUCCUAGUAGCUUCAAGGUGGGCUCCUGUUCCGGAGACCUGAACGGAUCGGCUGCAGCCAUGGGCGCUCUCAGGAUCGUGACCGGAGUGUGGCAGCCUCGGGAGAUUCGACGCCACUGGAGAAGAGGGUCGUCGGGACGCGGUUGGGAGCUGGUCCUUCCUGUGGGCUUGGGCAGAGCCCGCUACUCCGCUGAAGGGAGAGAGGCGGUGAUGAAUGGCCGUCACCAGCAGCCGCAGCCGCCUCAACAGCGCCUCACUGACCAGGACUUGUCAGUGAAUGGGAUGCUGCCACGUCUGAGUGAUCUGCUCUUCUACACAAUAGCUGAAGGACAGGAAUGCAUCUCUGUUCAUAAAUUUAUCACUGCGUUACAACACACUGGCCUUUGGACUUCAGAUCCGCGUCUUCGUGACUGUAUGAAUCUGAUGCGGACAGCAACCCAAGGAGCUAGCAAUGGAGGAACCCUGAGCCGAGAACUUUUUCAGAGGUGUGUGAGUAGCAAUAUAGUCCUCUUGACCCAGGCUUUCCGGAAGAAAUUUGUCAUCCCUGACUUCCAGGAGUUUACAACUCAUGUGGAGCAAAUCUUUGAGUGCACCAAAGGACUUCAGGGGGGCAAGGUAGCAAAUUACAUUCCACAAAUGGCCAAGUGUAGUCCAGACAUCUGGGGUGUAUCUCUCUGCACAGUGGACGGACAAAGGCAUUCCAUGGGCCACACCAAGACUCCCUUCUGUCUGCAGUCGUGUGUCAAGCCCUUAAAAUAUGCUGUUGCUGUCAGUGAACUGGGCACUGAGAGAGUCCAUCAAUAUGUGGGCAAAGAGCCCAGUGGGCUGCGUUACGACAAACUCUCUCUCAACGAAGAAGGGAUUCCACACAACCCUAUGGUGAAUGCAGGGGCCAUUGUGGUCAGCUCUCUUAUCAAGAUGGGCUGCAAUAAAGCAGAGAAGUUUGACUACGUGGUGGAUUAUUUGAAGAGGAUGGCUGGGAACGAAUAUGUGGGAUUCAGCAAUACCACGUUUCAGUCGGAGAAAGAAACAGGAGAUCGGAAUUAUGCCAUUGGCUACUAUCUCAAAGACAAAAAGUGCUUUCCGCGUGGGGUGGACAUGAUGGCAGCUCUUGACUUGUACUACCAGCUCUGUUCUGUCGAAGUGACUUGUGAAUCUGGCAGUGUCAUGGCAGCCACACUUGCCAAUGGUGGUAUCUGCCCUAUCACAGGCGAGUGUGUCCUCAGUGACGAAGCCAUCCGCAACACCCUUAGCCUCAUGCACUCUUGUGGCAUGUAUGACUUCUCGGGGCAGUUUGCCUUCCAUGUUGGUCUUCCUGCCAAAUCUGCAGUCUCUGGGGCCAUCCUGCUGGUGGUGCCCAAUGUUAUGGGAGUGAUGUGUCUAUCGCCCCCUCUGGAUAAAGCUGGGAACAGCACAAGAGGAAUUGGGUUUUGUCAGGAAUUGGUGUCUCUCUUCAAUUUCCACAACUAUGACAACUUACUGCACUGUACCCGCAAGAUGGACCCACGCCGUGAAGGAGAUGAAGUGAGGAACAAAACUGUUGUGAAUCUGCUGUUUGCUGCCCACAGUGGAGAUAUGUCUGCUCUUCGGAGAUUUGCUCUGUCAGCUAUGGACAUGGAACAGAAAGACUAUGAUUCCCGCACAGCCUUGCAUGUUGCUGCAGCUGAAGGACACCUGGAGGUUGUGAAGUUUCUGAUGGAGGCCUGCAAAGUCAAUCCUUUCGUCCAGGACAGGUGGGGAAACAUUGCCUUGGAUGAUGCCAUCCAGUUUCAUCACCUGGAAGUGGUGAAGUUGCUCAAGGAUUAUCAAGAAAACUACGUAUUGGGGUCCGGACAGGCCAAGGAAGCAGCUGAAGACCUCUCCAAGGAGAAUUUGGAAAGUAUGGUGUGAG